AGUUUUGUCAGCUGACUGAACUCAUUCGCCGCUAUUGCUCUCAGACUCAGGGAAGACUAGCUGAGAUAUGUCUACCUGUGUCCAGCCCAUUCAGUGCACUACCGACUGCAAGGACCAGAAUUUUGAUGGCAUAGUUUUGGUCGCUGAGGGCUUUGAUAAGCUGCCCAAGGAGCUGGAAUGCCUGAAAACACCUCUGGAGGACUACAGCUCUGUGGACAAUGGGCUCGGGGACGAGGUGGUGGUCCUGAAGAUCCCUGGUCUCCCUGGCAACAGGCUGGUGUUUGCAUCCACAGGUCCCGUGAACCGUGACUAUGACGACGUCAGGAGGUUCAGCGAUGCUGCCAGCAACGGCAUUAAGAGGGCAUUGAAAGCCGGCCUGCAGCGCCCUCUGCUGGUGUGUCCGCCUCACAGCAGUUAUGAGAAGAGUACACUCGUGGGCCUGUUGGGAGCCCUUCAAGCACUCUACCUGCCUCUGGAACUGCGUGACGUGAAGCCCUCCCCCCACAAGGUGGAAGUAUUGGGUGUGUGGAUGAAUGAUCCGCAAAAGGGAAAACAACUGGUUGACCUGGCGACUGCGCUGGAGAGUGGACGGCUGGUGUGUCGGGAUAUCGGGGGGUCAGACCCGGAGCGCAUGGCGGCACCUCGAGUGGCUGAGUACGUCCAGGCGGUCUUCAAAGACAGCCCUGUGGAGGUGAAAGUGGUGAGUGAUCUGGCUGUGCUGGAGAAGGAGUAUCCCUGUCUGGCUGCAGUGAACCGCUGUGCCAAUGCUGUGCCACGCCACCAGGCCAGGGUGAUCAAACUGAAGUACUGUGGAGAGGGACCCGUACAGCAGACCCUCAUGCUGGUGGGCAAGGGUAUCACCUAUGACACCGGUGGAGCCGACAUUAAGGCCGGGGGUGUGAUGGCAGGCAUGCACAGGGACAAGUGUGGAGCAGCCGCUGUGGCAGGGUUCUUUGAGAUACUGGCCAAGCUGAAGCCCAAACACCUUAAGGUGGUGGGUUCCAUGGCGAUGGUACGCAACAGUGUCGGCUCAGACUGCUAUGUGGCGGACGAGUUGGUGGUGUCCCGUGCUGGCCGGCGUGUGCGUGUGGGGAACACUGACGCUGAGGGGCGCAUGGUCAUGGUGGACCUGCUGUGUGAGAUGAAGGAACAGGCUGUCGGAGAACGGUCUCCUGAAUUAUUCACCAUUGCCACCUUGACUGGACAUGCCAUUCGUGCCAUGGGGCCCAACUACUCUAUCAUCAUGGACAACGGAGCAGCCCACCGUGCUGGAACCGCCCAGAAGAUGCAGACAGCGGGUGAUGUGCUGGGCGACGUGUUUGAGGUGUCCAGCAUUCGCCGCGAGGACUACGAGUUCCACAAGGGCAAGUCUGAGUAUGAGGAGAUCCUGCAGGCCAACAACCUUCCAUCCACCCUUACACCCCGCGGCCAUCAGGCCCCCUCCGCCUUCCUCAUCAUGGGCUCCGGACUGGACAAGUAUGGUGUGGACUCAAACAAGCCGCUGCCUUACUCCCACAUCGACAUCGCCGGCUCCUCCGGACCCUUCCCAGGAGUCCCUACCGGGGCGCCCAUUUUGGCCAUGGCCACAAAGUACGGCCUGUUCUAGGACUGAGCGGCCCACACAGCGCUAUCAAAGGCCGUCCCACUCCGCCAGGCGUUCACACACACAAUAUUCAACUAUCAUGUCUGUGCUGAACCUGCUUAUUGUUUAGUCAUACAGUUGCAACUGUCACUCAGUGAAACGGUUAAUUUUAACUGUUGUGUUCUGAUGUUCUAAGUUCUCAUCUCCAAUAUGUGUAAUCCAUUUUGAAUAUUACUUUUCUUUAAAACAGUUAAUCCAUCCAACCAUUAGGCCCAUCUAUGAGUCCCUCCAAUUAAUUUAACUUGGCUGCAGGUCAUUCCAUCCAUUGUGUCCAAACGGUCUACCAACUGUCCAUUUCUUUGGUCAGCAGUUGGCGUCAUUGUACUAUCAGGCACUGUCCAGUGAUAAUUAAAAGCCAUUAAAAUGUUGACUCUGGGAUUAAGAUUAAAGCAGGUUAAGAAUU